UUUCCUGGCAACCACUGGAGAGAAGCCUCCUUUGCAUGGAGUUUGGCUCUGCAAGUGUGCAAGACCUACCUGUAAAGAGACAGAGAGAGACCUACCUGCAACGAGGGGGAGAGAGAGAUACAUACCUGCCAGUGUAAAGAGAGGUGCCCCUACCUGCAGAGAGACCCCCCUGAGUCUCCAGCCCCCCUCCUCCCUAACACUGUCCCUCAUUUAUCCUGUAGUGGACCCUGCAGACUACCAGAAUGAAUCUGGUGCUGUCCAGAGAUGCUCAGGUUAAAAUUAUGGAGAACACCGUGACAAAUGCAGAGAAAUACUUUGGCCAGUUCUGUACGGCGAUGGCAUCCUACACCCGUAAGACGGCCAAACUGAGAGACAAGGCAGACAUGUUGGUGAAACAGCUGAUUGAUUUUGCCAACACAGAGAACCCGGAACUGAGAACCGCUCUGAAAAACAUGGGAGAAGAGCUUGCCAAAGUGCAAGACUACAGACACGCACAGGUGGAAAGGCUGGAAACAAAGGUGGUGACGCCAAUGAAACGAUAUGGAUCUGUAAUAAAAGAAACACGGGCAGAAAUUAAGAAGUUCAACUCUGUCAGAAACAAGGAGAUUAAGGAGCUGGAAAAGCUGGAGCGGCUACGACACCGGGCUCCUUCAGACCGGCAAAUGAUUUCCCAGGCCGAGUCGAAUGUUCAGAAGGCUUCAGUGGAUGCAGCACGUACCACUCACCAACUGGAAGAGGUCAUUGACACAUUUCAGCAACAGAAAAUCAAAGACGUCCAGAAAAUAUUCUCUGACUUCUUGACGGUUGAGAUGAUUUUCCAUGCGAGGGCCCUGGAGGUGUAUACGAGUGCUUUCCACCGCCUGCAGGAGUGCGACCUGGAGAAAGACAUGGAGGACUUUCGGGCAAAAAUUCAUAUUGACACAGGCACACAGGAUGCCAGAUCCUUCCGUGCUACAAACCUUUCCUCUAAUGCCACGUGGCAGGCCAGCAAUAUGAGUUUCCAGAGUACGCUUCAGAGACAGCCGCAGGUACAGGAGGACAGUGAGGAAGACUCUGAGGAGGAAGAGGAGGAGGAGGAGGAGGAAAUACAGCAGGAUUUGAGAAGCCCAUAUUCGAGGGUGCGAAAAUAACCUGUAUGGUACAGUCCGUCCAGCUUCGGUCCCAUGCUGAUAUUAUUUCAGUAAUAAUGUUUUUUAAAUAUUUUUUUUGCUCCAUUAUUGUUUCAAUGCAAUUUACCCGACCAAGAACAAAAUGACUGGAAUCAAGGUUUCCUGAAAAAAAGCUUUGUCACAGUUACCGCCACGCAGAUUCUUUAUUUAAAUGAUUUUGAUGCAUUGUUAUAUAAGGGACGAUGAAAGACAGCUCAAUGUAAUACGCUGAUAAAAUGUUGAUGAAGAUGAUCUCUCGCCUUUAUCAGUCUCUAAAAUAUACUCAUUGUGCACGUGAUUGCCACACACAUACUGUAUCUUUUACACCUUGCGGACAGUUUGCAAAGCCUUAAAUGACAUCUUUAGGUGUUGCUGCUUUACCACAGGUGGCUUCAUUAUUUUAGUUGACGAACCUCUGUUAAACCAGGGAUAUCCUUUGUGGACAUGCACACCCCCUAUUAUAAGGAUAUUAUUUUGUAUGUGAAUUAUUUGACAGAUUCCAAAAUGUGCUGUUUUAGUUCUGUUGUUACCACCCACAACCUGGCAGUGCAAUUGUUUUGACAGUGAUUGCUGUUGUAGGCUGAGGAUCGUGGUAAUGUCAGUCUACAACAACUGCUGUUUCAAAAAAAAAAAAAUGUUGACCAGUUUUGACAAGGAAUAGCAGGUUUUAAGCCAAACUACCUGAAUUGGAAAUUAUAUAUUAUUUAAAUUCCACAAAAACCCUGGUCUUUUCUCAAUAAUUGCCAAAUUUAGUGGUUAAAUCUCAGUAUGUCGCUUAAAGGGACACCCCAGCUUGCGGAAAUGCUUUGUGUGUAAAUAGUGCCCUGUUUUUUGUUUUUUCUUCAUUGUUUCAUUUUACAAAAAAUGCAGAUUUUAAUAGAAAUUGACACUUUUCUAAAUUAACCUGGGUACAACCCCUUGGCUGUCAAUCAGACACAGGUCCUGUUACUUCCUGGUAGUUAAGGCAUAAUUAUAUGCAUGCAUGUUUUCACUGGGGCUAUAUGUACUGAUUAGUGAUGUUUAUUUGUUUGUAUUUGGGCAGUAGUGUGUCC